AUGUUUUUGCCGCAUGGCAAUACCCCUCACCCAGACUAUGUAGGGGGGAUCAUAGGAACGCAAAACAAUACAAUACAACAGGCAGCCGCCAACGAUGAUCUGGCCAAAGUCUCCAUUUGCGACGAUAGUUCGACAAUGGUGCGGUUGUUGCUGUUCCGUGGAGCUGACAACAGCUUGCGCGACGGCUGGGAUCCAGAUUGGCCUGAUAGCUUCACUGCGGUGGAGAAUGCAGCGCGUUUGAGUGCGAGAGCCACUAUGCAAGAACUACUCGCGCAUGGAGUCAACGUUGAGGACUCCAACGCUGUGUAUUUCGCGGCAAGUGAAAGCGAUGCGGAGAUGCUGAAGUUGCUUUUCGAUAAUACUUAG